GUGGAAGGUCCAAAAAAAACACUAUAUAAUAAGCAUAGGAUGAAAGGGCGUUUUGUCAAAUAUCCAAAUACUAUUAUUGUUUCACCAAUGGCUACUAAAAGUCUUUUGCUCCCUUCUUUUCUUCUCAUUUUGCUUUCAUUCUCUUGGGAUAAAAGCAAUGCUUUGGAAGGAAGAAAAACAAUUGAAUCCAAUUUCCACACUCUCCAACUCACCUCUAUUCUUCCUUCCUCUUCUUGCAACCCCACUAACAAAGGUAAAAGAGGAGGAUCAUCAUUGGAGAUCAUCAACAAGCAUGGGCCAUGUUCUCAACUUAAUCAAAAGGGAUCAAAAGGCCCAACUGUAAACGAAAUCUUGGCCCACGAUCAGGCCCGAGUGGACUCAAUCCAAGCCCGAAUCGCAGCCCAAAACUUCAACCUCUUUAGAAAGACAGACAAAACCUCCAAGAAGAACAGAGCAAAAGACUCAAAAACCAGUCUCCCUGCACAAUCCGGCAUUGCUCUCGGCACCGGAAACUACAUCGUCACCGUCGGAAUCGGAACUCCCAAAAAUGAUUUGUCCCUAGUCUUCGAUACCGGCAGUGACCUUACAUGGACUCAAUGCCAACCCUGUCUCAAAUCAUGCUUUACUCAACAACAACCAAUUUUCAACCCAUCGUCUUCUUCAACAUAUUCCAACAUCUCUUGUACUUCUACAGCUUGUUCUGGGCUUAAAUCAGCUACCGGAAAUACCCCUGGUUGUUCUUUAUCUACUUGCAUAUACGGCAUACAGUAUGGUGAUUCGUCGUUCUCGAUAGGGUACUUCGCUAAAGACAAGCUAACUUUAUCAGCAACAGAUGUGUUUGAUGAAUUCAUGUUCGGUUGUGGGCAAAACAACAAAGGGUUAUUCGGAAAAACCGCCGGAUUAAUCGGUUUAGGCCGUGAUGCUCUUUCUAUUGUAUCUCAAACAUCUGCGAAAUUCGGAAAAUACUUCUCUUACUGUCUUCCUACCAGGAGAGGAUCUAAUGGUCAUUUAACCUUCGGCAAGAACAGUGGUGUAAAAUCGACUAUCCAAUUCACACAAUUCGCUUCAUCACAAGGAACAUCGUUCUACUUCAUAGAUGUAUUGGGUAUUUCUGUUGGUGGAAAAGCGUUAGCGAUAAGUCCAAUGGUGUUUAAGAACGCCGGAACAAUCAUAGAUUCCGGUACUGUGAUUACCCGGUUACCUUCAACGGCGUAUGAUAAUCUCCGAUCAACUUUCCGGCAGCUCAUGACCAAGUAUCCCAGAGCGCCAGAUCUAUCUUUGCUUGAUACUUGCUAUGAUUUAAGCAACUACACUACCAUUAACAUUCCGAAAAUCAGCUUCAACUUCAAUGGCAAUACGAAGGUGGACUUGGACAUAAGUGGUAUUCUUUACCCAAACGGUAUCUCUCAGGUUUGCUUGGCUUUCGCCGGAAAUGGAGAUGACAAUAGUAUUGCGAUUUUUGGGAAUACACAACAGCAGACACUGGAGAUUGUGUAUGAUGUUGCUGGUGAAAAAUUAGGGUUUGGUUAUGGGGGAUGUUCUUAGAAAUUUGGUUAAGUUUACUAAUUAAUCCAAAAUACUGCAGUUGAAAAAAAAAAAUUGUAAUACUGCAAAAGUACUGAAAAAUGUAUAUCCAUUUAUAAUGUGUGUUUGACCAUGUUUCA